AUGUCUGCGAAAAGGCGGCCACCUGUUUUGCUCAAGCCUAAUCGCGCUAGUAGAAUUAUUGCUUUAGUGCCGAAUGAAUAUGCACCUUCCGAUGCUAGCGAAAUAUCAGAUUCUGAAACUGAAUUGCAUGAUGCACGUACUAAAUCUUCCACCCCCCUGUCUUCUCCUGCACCAUCUAUUGCAUCUUCCCUUGCUAACAUAACAAUAGAUACAUCCGACGAUGAAGAAUUACACUCCGAAGAUGCUGAUAUUAUACCAGAUUCUAUCGUGCGUGAAAUUGGCGAGUCCUUUUAUGAAAAUGUUCCAUCCCUAUCUGCUUUUCCUUCAUUGCCUGCAACGCCUAUAACACCAAUAGGUUCUUCAUUAGCACCCCGAAAAACAAGAUCUAGGAAACCACCCACAGUCAAAGCUAAAAGACCAAAAAAAAACAAAAAAAUUCAGCUGACUUACAAUUGGAGAGUAGCUCAAUUCCGUCACCAAGCGACAAUAGAAGAGGGUGAGGAGGAUGAUUACAUAGACCUGCCAGAAGAUGAUUCACCUUUGAGUUCCUUUCACCUUUUUUUUUCUCAAGAUAUUUUUACUAGUAUCGUAGAGCAGACAAACUUAUAUUCAGUUCAACAAACCGGCAAGUGA